CUGUAACAUCGGUGGAAGAAAAAGUGAAGCCCCGACAAGAAAAUACUCAAAUAUUAGAGAUAGCUGGAUUAUUGAUCAUUACCAUCUUACUUCAUUGAAGGUUGUGUUCUGGCAGGACAUUCCCUGGCUAGAGGGCACGAGCUGCCAUGCCAUUCGGUUGUCUGACACUCGGGGAGAAGAAGGAUUACAACAAUCCCUCAGAGGUGGCCGACAAAUAUGACCUCGGACAAAUUGUUAAAUCAGAGGAGUUUUGUGAGAUAUUCCGGGCAAAGGAUAGGAACACUUUGACAAUGUACACCUGUAAAAAGUUCCACAAAAAGGACGGAAGGAAAGUGAGGAAAGCUGCCAAGAAUGAGAUAAUGAUCCUAAAGAUGAUAAAACAUCAUAACAUCCUCCAGCUGGUUGACGCUUUUGAAACUAAGAAAGAGUACUUCCUUUUUCUGGAGCUUGCUACAGGCAGAGAGGUGUUUGAUUGGAUCUUAGAUCAAGGAUACUACUCUGAGAGGGACACCAGCAAUGUUAUGAGGCAGGUGUUGGAAGCCGUAGCAUACCUGCACUCUCUGAAAAUUGUCCACAGAAAUCUUAAGCUGGAGAACUUGGUGUACUUAAAUCGUUUGAAGCACUCCAAAAUUGUUAUCAGUGACUUCCAGUUGGCUAAACUGGAAAAUGGACUCAUUAAGGACCCAUGUGGAACCCCAGAAUAUCUUGCUCCUGAGGUGGUAGGGAGGCAGAGAUAUGGAAGACCUGUUGACUGUUGGGCCAUAGGUGUCACCAUGUAUAUACUUUUGUCUGGAAACCCUCCUUUCUAUGAUGAUGCUGAUGGAGAUGAUGAUCGGGAUAAGAAUCUUUUCCUAAAGAUUUUGUCAGGGGACUAUGAGUUUGAUUCACCGUAUUGGGAUGACAUUUCAGAUUCUGCCAAAAACUUAGUGGCAUCUUUGAUGGAAGUGGACCAAGAUCAGCGAUUAACUGCACAGGAAGCAAUUGCCCAUGAAUGGAUUUCUGGAAAUGCUGCCUCAGACAAGAACAUCAAGGAUGGCGUUUGUGCACAAAUAGAAAAGAACUUUGCCAAAGCCAAAUGGAAGAAAGCUGUUAGGGUGACCACCCUCAUGAAGAGACUUCGGGCGUCUGAGCAGGGAGAUUCUGGGGCCUCCGGUCUCGCUUCAGGGGCCGCAGCCGACCCCAACACACCCGGUGGAGCUCCUGCUCCUCCAGCUGGAAGCAGUGGUAGUGUCGCUGCCAGCAUAAAGGCUGCUCUUAGUGAAAAGGCUCCUGACACACAGACUGCCGCCAUCUCUGCCCUCUCCCUGCCCACUGCAGCCAGACGGGAGGAGCAGCCACAGGCACGAUGCAAUGGAGAUGUUCCCCAGAUGUUGCCACAAGAAAAGGGAGACUAGGGGUCAGUCAAAUACAAGAAGAGGACCCUUGCCAACCAACAAGCACAUGUAGAGUAGAGCCACACAAUUUGGCAUGAUGAUACCAUGCCUAUGCUGUUCGACUACCCCCCAGUUUGCAGAGUUAUUUCAUAACACCAUGCAUUUCAUCAUUUUUGCCUUCUGUAGUGAUUGGUCUAUUGAAUAGUGUUCUCCACUCCCCCUCGUUAUGUUGUGUACGUGUCUCUUUAAAGCUAGUGGAACCGUAGCUCUUCUGUUGUUUCCUUUUCCCUGAAAUCCUUAAAAAAAACCUCAGUGUAAUUUAGUGAAAUCCUUGUAUAUAGGUGUAUUUGUCCGUUUUAAGAAAUUGCUACUUUUUAGCUUCAGAAAUUACAAUCCUGAGUUCAUGUCUUGUGACUUAAAAUUCUGAGUUGAGAGAUUUAAUUAAUUGACCAUUUCAAAUUCCUUAAUUUAUUGAAACACUUUCCAUUCAAAUGCGUGUUUGAGUUAACUCUUCAGAAACCAUGCCUCUAAUUGGAAAACAUUUACAGAGAUAUAUAUAUAUAUUAGAUUAAAAAAAAUGUAAAUACUUAUGAUACACUGAUUUACUGUCUUUAAAGUAUUCUUACAAGUAAUUACGUAACAAUCAGAUACAGUCAACAAAUAGUGGAUUCCACUUAACAAAGAGACUAGAGGUCUGCUGGUUUAUCUUCAGUGCAGUACAACUUCAGUCAACUUACAAUUUUAAGGCAGCAAGAAAGCAUAUUUUUAAGUUAAAGUGCCUUAAUAUUUGUUGCAGUAAUGUACUGUGCUGAAAUGUUUUAAAAGAAACAACUUGAAUAUAAUUACUUUCUGAUUUCUUUUAAAUGUUUUAGCUGCCCUUCUGUUUAGUUGUAUGCUGCUGUAUUGAUACUUGUGUUCCGUCCUCUUUGACAAUACAAUUAAAACACAGAAAACUACAUUUAGAGCGUUGUAUAUGGAGUGAUGUUUUAGAUGUCAUGUUGUUGUUGUGUUGUUGCUUGUGAUAAGAACAUUUCAGAGUUUAUAGCUGAGUCCAUAUACUGUACCACUAUGUAUUUUUGCAUUGUAAACAUGUGUAUUUUUUUUAUUUACGUGUGUAUUUAGCAACAUUUAGCUGAGCUAACGAGUUGCUACAACGCUUGUGAAUGAAUAAAA